AUGGACUCAAACGGGAUCAGUACCAGGACCAGGCAUGAAUCCAAGCACGACAAGGCUGCCGUUGCGUACAAUGUCCAAGCCGAUGUUGGUCUCGGGUCAUCGACCCAUUACAUCGAUCCCGUCAAAGAGGGCAAGAUGAUGCGGAAGUUCGACGUACGUCUGGUCCAUCCUCUCGCAGUGGAAGACAAUGCUAACGGCCUUUUCAGAUCUUCGCAAUCGGCCUCUUCGGUCUCUUCUACAUGAUGGCAAACCUCGACCGCAGCAACCUGGGCAAUGCUCAGGUAGCAGGAAUGCCCGAAGACAUCGGUCUCGUAGGAAACCAAUUUGGCACAGCAACAACAUUGCUGUAAGUCGAUUUCCUUCUGCCGGCAAGAUUACUCUCCAGCUAAAGAAGGCGGUAGCUAUGCAACCUAUGUUCCCUUUGAAGCGCCCGCGGCACUCGCCCUCAAAAAGCUCAGCCCCAAGUACCUCAUGGCAAGCUGUGCCUUCUGCUGGGGUCUAGCGACUCUCGGAAUGGGCUUCAUCCAGAACUGGCAAGGUCUGUACGCUUGCAGAUUGCUCAUCGGAUUCUUCGAAAGUGGCCUCAUCCCUUCCAUCAAUGUGUAUAUCGGGAGCGUGUACAAGAAAGAAGAGCGGGGAAAGCGUUCCGCCGUGAUUUUCGCCUUCAGUGCGUUUUCCAGCGCAUUUGGCGGAAUCCUGGCGUUUGGUCUGACGCAGAUUCGUGGGCCGGGUGGGUUUGCUGGGUGGCGGUGAGUCGCCGAUAACAUCUUGGCGUACCAUUCCGUAUGCUGAUAUGGUUCAUCAGGUGGCUGUUCGUUGUGGAGGGGAUGCUUACUCUGAUCCUCGUUCCCCUCUUCUUCUUCUUCUUCCCCAAAACGCCUGCGACGGCCUGGUUCCUGACAUCCGAGGAGAAGGUCAUUAUCGCAAAGCGAUAUGAGUGUGAGCAGCACUGGGGCGCCGAUGAGGUCUCCUCGUGGAAAGAAGUCGUAAAAGCGGUGACGGAUCCGAAAUGGUACGCUUUCUGGGUGUAUCAAUUCUGCACAGAUGUUUCGCUCUAUGGCCUGACUACUUUCAUGCCGGCGAUCGUGAGCGGUUUGGGAUACAGUGGCGUCCAUGCCAACUUAAUGGUGGGUUCCCCUUGUCAAUGUGUUAGUUACCGGUAAAGCUAACAUACUUCCAGACGGUGCCGGUGUACAUGGUAGCAUUGGUCUGUUUCUUGGUCAUUGCUUUCUUUUCCGACAGACUCGGCGUGCGCGGUCCAUUCCUUAUCGGACCGCUGAUAUGCCUGAUCGUUGGAUAUGCAAUCUUGAUCUCAGCGGACAGCCUCGGUGUCCGUUAUUUCGCUUGUUUCCGUAUGCUACAAACAGGUUUCCCUGCCUCUGAUAUACUUGCUAACAUCCCCUAGUGGCUGCUAUUGGGAUCUAUCCCACAACCGGGCUGUCCCUGAUGUGGUUGCAAGACAACGUAGCACGACAUUACAAACGAGCGAGCAUGGUCGGCUUGACCCUCACUCUGGGCAACACAGCAGGUGUUGCUGUUGGCCAGAUCUUCGUGACCGAAUCAAAGCCUCGUUACAUCAAGGGAAUGUCGAUUGCUCUGGGUCUCGCCUGCGUUGCGCUGGCAAUGGUGGUCUCGUUGAUGGUCGGCAUGGCUUUGGCCAAUCGAAGACGAAGCGAGAAGCUGAGGAAGGCGGAAGAUGCGGGUGCUCCAUUGCCUGCUGAGCCGGAGAGGGGAGAUAUGGACGUCCACUUCCGGUAUUCGUUGUAA